GCUGCCCGGGAUCCAUGGCUGCCCGCUCGGGUCGCCAGAUGGGCGGCGGUCGGCGACGUGCGGAAGAAGCACAAGAAGUCUCAGCCACACGAAGCGGCCGCUGCUGUGGAGCAGGCAAAAGUGAGAUCCAAUACCUUGUGGGAUCUCAUGGAGGCUUACUUCCGGGAGUUUACACUGGAUGACUUUCAAGCGUUAGAGCCGAAACCUCUUUUCGGCCCCAACUGGCUCGAUCCGUGCCUCCUUUUACCAUUUGUGGUCGGCGGCAAGAAGUUAGGAGAAUAUUCUGAUCCAUCUGACGUGGCCGUGAUUGCUGAAAACUCAGACUCGAACUUGAUUUUGGGCAAGGAGAACGAGGAGAUGCAGAAUAAGAAUGACAUGGUGCAUAGCAAUCUUGAUACACAGGAGGGCUCAUGUUCUGUUGGGUGCAACGUCGAGGUAGUCAAUAACAAUGGGAUCAACGAAGGGCACUGUGAACAGGAUAUGCAGGAGGUUAUUUUGCAGCAAGAGGAGCAGCCUGGGGAAAUUGAAUUAGAUCAAGGAAAGGGACACGCUGUUGUUUUACCAGGCUGCAAACCGAAUUUGGACGGUUCAUUGAAUUGGCUCCUAGGAGCAAAGGACCGGUUUGUGCUCACUUCAGAGCGCCCGAACAAGAAGAGGAAGCUGUUGGGUGCAGAUGCGGGACUUGACCGUCUUGUUCUGCUGCCAUCCUUGGAAGGUGAGGCUGGUUCAAGAUGUGAUGUGUGUUCCUUAGGAGAAAGUGAUACGGCAUCGAAUAGGCUGCUUAAGUGCAAUAGCUGUGAGGUGUCGGUGCACCAGAAGUGUUAUGGUGUGCAGGUUGUGCCGGAUGGCUAUUGGAUGUGUGCCUGGUGUAAUAGUAGCUGGCUGGCACGGAGGUUGACACGGAGUGAUGCCGGCACGACUGUCUUUAUGCCUUGUGUGCUUUGUCCAAAGGAUAAAGGUGCUUUGAAACCUGUAAAGUGGGAGCCUGGUCGAACUGCAGAUGGGGGCAACAUUAAUUUUGCACACUUGUUUUGUAGUCUCUGGGCACCAGAGGUUCUUGUAGAGGACAUGGACUCUAUGGAACCUAUCACUAAUGUAGGAGAUAUCCAAGAGAAUCGGACAAAAAUGGUGUGCGGUGUUUGCAAGAUUAUGCAUGGUGCAUGUCUCCGAUGUAGCCAUGGAACAUGCCGAGCUUGCUUCCAUCCUAUAUGCGCAAGAGAGGCAAAGCAUCAUAUGGAGAUAUGGGGAAAAUCUGGGCAUACGAAUGUUGAGAUGCGAGCAUUUUGUGCAAAGCAUUCUGCAGCCAGAAGCAUCAACUCCUUACACAAUGUCAAUGGUGUUGCUGAACAUGAUACCCCACAAGUUGGUCUGGCUGAUGAAAACCUUACUUCAGAUGAGAAGCAACAAAUGAGAUUUACACGCAAGAGUAAGGAAAAACUCCUGAACGACACAUUUGUGAGCUCUAGUUUGUCCAGCCUAAACAAAGUGCAAACAACGGAGGUGGUUAGCUCACAAGUUCGAAGUGUUGAAAGUCAACAAAUUCAACACUCAGACAUGGUUGUUGAUCGGACUACACGGGAUGAGAAACUUGUGAGCAAUUCUGGUGAUGUUUCUACAGUCCUUAGAAAGCUAAUUGACCAAGGAAAGGUUAGUGUUGGUGAUAUAGAAUCAGAAUUGGGUCUCUCCUCAGAAUCCUUGGAAGCUGCUCUUGUGCCUGAAACAACGACCACCUCCCCUGGCCUGAAAUUGAAAAUCAUCAAGUUGCUGCAAAAUUCUGUUCAUGUGCCUUCUGUUCAAGUGAAAUCUCUUAAAGAGGGUUCUAUGACACCACAAGGUACAUUGCCUAGAAUUGAAAGCAAGAACUUAACUGAUUCACAGCUUGGAUCAGAACUGGAGGAAGGCAUCUCUUCAUUUGAUUAUUGUUUUCCUGAGGGUUAUAAAGCUAAGGACUCGGCUGAUUCAGUAGAAAAUUGCUCACAGAAUUGUCCUGAUUUUGAUGACGACCAUAUUUCUGGCCAAUGUAUUUUCAACAUUGAUGGUUACCGCUGCUAUAUUCAUCCAUCCGUCGAGAAAAAGUUGCGGAGUUUGAGGGAUCAGAUUAAGAAUAAAAAAGAUCAGGCUGUAUAUUAUGAUGAAGGACUAUUGUGCCCUCGUCGUGGCGCAGACCUUGGUGGUUCAUCAAUGAAACUCGAGCAAUUAACAGACAUAGCAGCAGCUGAUCAAGCUUCUAAAGCAGAAUCAUCAGGUAUUCUGGAGUAUUCUCCCCAUGAUGAAAUAGAGGGAGAGAUAGUUUAUUUACAAUCCAGGCUACUCGACGAUGUUGUUGCAAUGAACCGGAGAUAUGACGAUAUUAGGUUCAAGGUUGUCCAGAAUCUUUCUCAUGAACUGGAUUCUUUCAAUAAAAGAAAAUGGGACCAUAUCAUUGUGAACCAGUUCCUUCGUGAUAUAAGGGAAGCUAAGAAACGUGGGAAUACAGAGAGGAGACACAAAGAAGCUCAGGCUAUCCUAGCUGCAGCUGCACCUUAUGUUGCACACAACCCGAGGAAUGUAACAGUUAUUAAAGAGGCAGAAAAUGAUGUAGCGCCUGCCAAACAAGAGAUUAUUCCAAAAGUCAAUGCUGGAUCUUUAAGAGUUAGCCAAUUGGCUUCGUUACCACAAACAAAGGAUCCAUCAUUUUCUAAUAGUAAAGUCUCAGCAGAUACUAAUUUUGGCUUUUUUGAUCUGGCAAAGUUUUCCAAGAAAAAUGGACUUCCGUGUGAUGUAUGCAUGCGUAGUGAGACUGUAUUGAACCGAAUAUUUCUUUGCUCAAGCUGCAAGCAGGCUGCUGUCCACUUAGAUUGUUACCGGAGUCGGACAAAUCCCACAGGACCCUGGAAGUGUGAACUUUGCGAAGAGACGCUAUCAGAUGCUGUCAUCUCUGGCAUGCAAUCAGAUUGCAGUGGUGCAAAAUCAUUUCUGGUGCAAUGUUGUUUGUGCGAUGGUACAUCAGGGGCUUUCCGAAAGACUACAAAGGGGAAAUGGGUUCAUGCUUUUUGUGCUGAGUGGCUGUUGGAGAACACCUUUAAAAGGGGACAAUAUAACGCAGUAGGUGGAACGGAGAGCCUUCUCAAGGGUAAAGACACAUGCUCGAUCUGCCACCACAGUGUUGGCACAUGCUUGAAGUGUGGUACUGUAGGCUGUCAAGUAGCUUUCCAUCCUGCAUGUGCUAGAGAUGCUGGUCUCUACAUGAACACAAAAAAAGUUGGUAGUUUGUGGCGACACAAAGCAUAUUGUGGCAAUCACAGUAUAGAGCAAAGAAAGGUUGACUCUCAGCAGUAUGGACCUGCAGAGGUCAAGAUCAUGAAGCAAAUGAGGGUUGAAUUGGAAAGAUUACGCCUCAUUUGUGAGAGGAUUGUUAAAAGAGAAAAAGAGAAGAAAGAGGUGGUUGUAUGUGAACAUGAUAUACUUGCUGCAAGAAGAGACCACAUUGCCCUCUCAACACGGUCUUUGUAUUAUACAUCUGGACCUGGCGGAGCAAGUUCAGAAUCUGCCACUACUUCUGUUAACAACAAUUCAUAUAGUGGAAAAAGGCAAAGAUCAGAUGAAGAAAAUGUCACAGUGAGAUCCGAUGAUGUCACGGUGGAUAGUACUAUUACCAGGAAACAUACCGUCAGGUUUUCAGUGCAUAGUCGGGAGACUGAUAGGAACACAGCUGACAGCUCGACAUCAACAAUAUCAUAUAAGCGCAAAUUGGAUGACGGGGAAUCACUUGCUGACAAGGAUCUUCAAGAAGGAGGUGCCAUUGCCUCCGAGAAAUCAGAAGGAGAAACGAAAUCAGUGGAUAAAAAGCAUGAAGAAACAUUUCAAAAGGAGCUCGUUAAGACAUCUGACCAAGACAUGACUCAGAAACAACACCCUCCAAAGAGACUUGUUUAUACUCGCCGUAGCUCGUCUAAAAAGAAGGAACGGAUUCAAGAUGUACAAGUGCCUGGGGGCGGAUAAAAGCUGAAAAUCAAUGUGGCUCCUGCCUGUGGGUGGAUAGCAGCAACAAAUCAAGACGGCUUCUACGUUGAUAGCCAGGGAACGUCGUGUUUCACUCUCGGCGUCUGGAAAGCAGAUGCAGCAAGCGGGGCUGGCCAAACGUUACCAGCACACAGCCAUAGGGUCAUUGACAGGCCAAGGUUACACAAUGGUGCAAACCAGUCCCUAAGAAUUAUUUGAUCUUCUGGCCUGACGGUUUGAUCCCUUCAAGCUUAUGCCACUUGGAAGACAGUGGUGAUAUGGGCGAAUUCGUUCGCUAACUUUAGUUACUUGAGGGCAGGUGUGUGAAAUAUGCUCUGUACAUUGUCAUGUUUGCAGUUCUUAGUUUAGUUCUGUAAAAGAGAGCAAGUAGCUACCAUUAGUGGAUGGUGAGAGAGAAGAGGGUAGAGAGUCGUCGCUGACUUAGAUCUGUAGUUGACAAUUGACUUGUGUAUCGGACAACCGUUAGGCCACCUGCACAUGAAUCAUCUCUGUACAACAGAAGUAGCAUAUGUAGGUCCAAUUGUACACAUGAAUUUGCCUGUUUGGUUUAUCUGCGUGCGUGUGUGUGGCUGUAUGUGUGGCUCGUCUAACAUUAGUUUGUGGCUUUGACUACUGACCUAUGAGUUGAAACAAUGACAACAUUUUGAUAGAGCAACUUGAUGUUUGUACUGGUUCA